AUGAUAAUUUUUUUUGGAAUAACAAGUAAUAUUCAGGAAAAUAGAACUCAACAUUUAAAUCAAAAUUCAGCUAAAAGAACUCGAAAUGAAAAUGCAGAAUUAAAUAUAGCAGAAAUUCUUCAGCAACUUGAUGGUUUAUUGGGACAAUCUUCAUUAAAAAAAAAUUUAGAAGACCAAUCAUAUACUUUAUAUAAUAACAAUAAGCAUAUUUAUUGUCAUAGUUGUCAAAAACCAAUAACUUUACAUUGCUUUAAUGAUGGUACUAGACUAAAAGAACAUAUUAUUACUUCAAUGCAUCUUAAAAAUUCUCAAAAAAUUGAGUCAAAAAAAAUACGUACCACAUUUUUAACAACAUUUUUUAGUAAUAAUACAUUAAAAAUUAUGGAUAAAGAACUUAAUAACUUUGCUGAAAUUACAGUUGAUAAUAGCACACCAAUAGUUAUUAACUUAACUAAACCAGAUAAAGAGCUCAAUAACUUAGCCACAAUUACAGUUACUAAUAACCAAGUAUUUAAAACUGAAUAG